AUACGCUAAAGGAAAAAAUUAUGAAAAAAAAUUACCCAAAAUUGAUAACGAUUUAAAGAAUUUCAUCAUCUCAUCAUAACCUUUUACUGACUUACCUAGUGCUAUAAGAUUUGAAGAACGUUGACACAUAAUUUGGUACACGUGCACUGAUUGCCCGUAUAAAUACCAUUUUUUAGUCAAUCAUAUAAAAAAAUGCAAUAAAAAAUUACUAUUUAUAAUAAAUUAUACGACAGAAGGUCUUCAAUUUUUUGCAAUUAUGAAUAUUGGAAAGGUUCUUUCGUUAAAUAAUCGCCUGAAUAAGAUUCAGAACUGUCUAAAACUCCAUACUAAACAUGAAAACGAUCGCAGAGUUGUAAUAACAGGAUUAGGAGCUGUAUCACCUGUAGGGAAUAAUGUAUCUACAGCUUGGAAUACAAUAAAAAAUGGUGGUUGUGGAAUUAUUAAGCUUGGGGAUGACUAUAACAAAAUUCCAUGCCAAAUUGGUGGCAUCGUAGAUAAAUCUACAUUAAAAUAUGAUGAUAUUAGUAAAAGAGAUCUAAAAUCAAUGUCGGUAGCUAGUCAAUAUGCAUUGAUUGCAUCAUCUGAAGCUAUUUACGAUGCCCAAAUCGAUUUAGACUUAAUAAAGGAAUCCACAGGCGUUUCAAUAGGUUCUAGUAUGAUGGACAUAACCGACAUAAUUCAAACUUAUGAAGAUUUUAAAAAGGGCUAUAAAUACGUUACUCCAUUUUUCGUGCCUCGAAUACUUGUUAAUAUGCCUGCAGGACACAUAAGUAUAAAAUAUGGCCUACGUGGACCAAAUCAUACGGUUUCAACUGCCUGUGCAACUGGAGCACAUGCUAUCGGGGACGGGUAUCGUUUUAUUAAAAAUGGAAAUGCAACUGCGAUGAUUUGUGGAGCUACUGAUUCAUGCAUAUCUCCUUUUACCAUAGCUGCAUUUUGUAGAAUGAAAGCAUUAGCCACAAAAUAUAAUGAUAAUCCUGAUAAAGGUUCAAGACCGUUUGAUAAAGAACGAGAUGGAUUUGUUAUGGCAGAAGGUGCAGCUAUUUUGAUUUUAGAGGAUUUAGAACAUGCAAUGAAACGAAACGCAAAAAUCUAUGCCGAAAUUAAAGGAUAUGGUUUGUCAGGAGAUGGAACUCAUAUAACUGCGCCACGUGAAGAUGCUUCCGGUGCUAUAAUGGCGAUGAAAAGGGCAUUAAAUGAAGCAAGAUUAUCGCUGGAGGAUGUAACUUAUAUUAACGCCCAUGCAACAUCUACACCACUUGGAGAUGCUAUUGAAGCACGAGCAAUAAAAUCUCUUUUUCAAUCAUAUAGUUCUAAAAUUUUAAUAUCAUCUACGAAAGGGGCGCAUGGGCAUUUAUUAGGAGCUGCGGGUAGUUUAGAAAGUAUAUUUACUAUAAAAGCAAUCGAAGAAGGCAUUCUCCCGCCAAAUAUAAAUUUUAAUAGCCAAAAUAAUGAAUUUGAUUUGAAUAUUGUCUCAGAUACUAAUACGAAAUAUACUAACAGCAGAAAAAUCGCUGUAAAAAAUUCAUUUGGUUUUGGUGGAACUAAUGCGUCUUUAUGUUUUUCUUCACUUGAGUAACUAUCCUGAACUUACCUCCUUCUUGAAUUUUUCGUCAAGUACGUCUUUCAUAAAUAUUUUUAUCCAGAAUUUGAAUCACCUUUCAAAUUUAGACAAAAGGAAUUAUUAAAAAACAAGGCAUUCCUAUUGAAAAAAGUGGAACCUUUGAGACUAGAUCUAUAAUUUCAGUCUGGUCGCAAAGUCAUUAAGAGUAAAAUCACGUAAGGCAUGCAUAAUAGAUUAGGUUGUAUUCAUAGACAUAGAGAAUGGACUAAGCAAUGAAAUAACCACUCAAUAGAAAGAAAUACGACCGUGCCGCCAAUAUCAUAAGAAAGAUCAACUGAUCGCACGAUCGUUGCUUUGCCUGUCACUCUUCACUUUGCGUGUAUCUUACAGGUGGAUAGGGAUAAUGUGGCCUAUGUUAACCUAGGCAAUAAUAUCGAUAACUUAAAACCAAAGAAAGGGAUCCUCGAAUUUAACCUUGCAUGAUUUCAAAUUGAGACGUAAUUGAUACUUACCUGAUUGAUUUAUAGCUAAAAUCAGACUGAUUGAAUCGAACCUAGUAUGGAAAAUACGCACAAUUUAAGAUGAAGCUUUUAUAUUGAAGUAUUUUUAAUAAGGGUUGUAUUUUUGAAUAUAAACUAAGACACUCAAUGGACACUUAUAAUCCAACACAAACUUGUAAAAAAAAUUGUACUUAUUGUAAAUAAAUAAAA